AUGGUUUUGUUCUUUUUGGCAGCGCAUGGUCCCACACGAAUACGUCGGACUGGGAAUUGUUCUCAAAAUCCAAUUUGUAGUCGCGAGCUCAGGGCGAAGAUGGAGAUUGACGAAGGUGCUAAUUUUCCCUCUCGAAGCGCAGACUCGGGCGAAGGGGGCAAAUUUUCGGGUGGAGAUAACCUCUUCCGACUGAUGAAACUCGUUCGUGAGACCCAGUGCGAGAGGGAAGUGGUGAAACCAGUGCUGGACGAGUUGGAAGUCAUGCGAAUGUGCCGUAGCUUCGGGAUGAUGUCGUCGGUUAACCCCAAAGAUUUUGAUUUCAACGUUUUACACGCUCGAGAGUUCGAUGACGAUUUCAUCCGCUUUCUGCGUUUCGAAUUGUUCGAAAACGCGUGUUUUGGAGACGUGAAAUUGAAGGGUGUGUUCGGCAAGCAAGCACAAGUAGCGGAAAUCUUAGUCGACAUGAAAGCAUGCUUUGUCAAUGCAGUUGGCAUACUUGCUGGGGCAAGUGAAGGGAUAUACUGUGUAAAGGUCAAACCUGAACACAGCGAGGGACAGUGUAACGGGGUUGGCAACAUUGCUGGCUUGGUGGUGUUCCCUUGGAUCUGUGACGAGCUGUUUGAGCCGCAAGGGCUUCGUGAUACUCCAGCAUUCGUACUGCGAUUUCUGACUGGGUUGACGUCGGAUAUUAUAUGCUGCACGUCGAAAUCCGAUCUGGAACAAGUCGCGGCAGCGAUGGCUGCUUCGGAGGAGCAGGAAGACGACGAGUUGUCUUCGUAUUCGGUGUCUUUCCAUAUCGAGAAGCAAGAGGAUCAACCCGAUAGCACGUCAUGUGUGGCAAUGACCUCCGUGGAAUUGGAGACACUCCCUGAAGACUACUCCAAUAUCUGCUUGCUAAAGGGAAGUUAUCCAGCGAUAGCUGUCACGAGGACAAUGACGUCAGUGAUCCGAACGGAGCCAUUUCGACGUUUAUUUCGCCUGCAGGUGGAGGUGCCCUUUGCGGAGUGGCUUAAAGCUGAAUCGCAGCAUUGUCGGAUUGAGUUGAACCCAGGAAUUGUCCGAUCGGUUAAGCUCUGCCAGAACAUCUUGAAGGCGUUUGAUAUGUGGCCUGAGGAUGAAAUAAAUGCUGCUCGUGAAGCUCAAGAGAAACAAGAGCAAGAAGAAUACGAUCUGGCUGCAAAGACGCUGAAAGAGGAAAUUGCGGAACAGAGAGCCAUGGUGGAUCAAGUAACGAAUGAACUGUUCCGACUCCACGUGGGAGAUACUGUGAAUGAAGCUUCGGGUACUUCACUGCAGACAGCCUUGUCAGCUUACGAGGCAUUUCGAGAGUGGGUCAAGUCUACGUGCCAUUGGAAAUUUGACAAGAAGAUUCAAUUGAUCUUAGACGUGCCUGAGCGCCUAAGAGAAGUUGAGGCAAUGCUUCUCACCAAUUCAUCGUGCUACGAUACUGGCGAAUUAAUCAAGAUACUGGAAAUGUGCUCCACCACUUCGAAGUCGAACCUGUUGAAAGCUGUGAACAAGCACAAAGUGAAGAACUCGAAUCCCGACGUGAACAUGGGAGCGCAGAAGCCUACGUGGGAAUCGUUUUUGGAGGAAGUAUCCAAACCUUUGGCUGAGCUGCGCACAAAAUGGUGGAUUGCUGUAAAAAGUGUCUUCGCAGCAGCAAAUGACGUGAAACUCAAAGAGCUAAAGUGCAACCAGAAGCAAAGUAAGGCGGCUUGGUACGGCAAGAUCAUAGGGGGCAAGUUCGACCAGCUGCGUGAAGUUCUGCUAUCGAAAGAUGGAUUGCUGUUUAGAAUGAGCGCUUGUCCCAAUGGCCGAGGAACUGUCUAUUGCGAGGGUUCGAAGGAAGUGUAUGCUCAGUCUUGUGCGUUCCAGGAUAUUGUCAAGCUGGAUAUGCAAGAAGGAAAGCCGAGACGCCAGGAGUUGCUGGGUCGGCAUCUUCUAAACCCGGGCGAAAAUCAUGUGGCGAUGUUUACUGUUAAGGUGCGGUCCGUAAUCCAAAUUGUCACUGGCACACAACGCAUGUGCGUCAAGUUCAUCUACUUCCCACCGAGCACGGAUCCCCGUAGACCGUCACGUGCGAAUGAAAGGGUCAUUCACACGCUUGGAAAGUUUGCUUCGCUUUGCGAUUACGAUGCCCGCAACAGAAUUCUGACCUUUCUCUCAGAGGAUUCGGUGGGGAUUUACAAGCUUGACGGGUCGUUUAAGAAGAUGGAGCUCAUGAAAAACGUCGACUUGGGCGUGCGCUCAACGCUGGCAGAUUUGCCAUUCAGAGACGUUAUGCUGCUAGACAGCACCGUGUACGUGACUGAUUCGAGUGGACGUUCGCAAGGUGUUGACAUUCACAAUGACCAAACGUCCAAUGUCGUGAAUGUACACGAUCAAGACGAGAUACCUUCAUCGUGCAGCCGAGUGCUAGAACUGGCGGACAACCUCGCUAUCGGAGCGGUGUCGUGUGUACCAAGCGAUGACGGGGCCUUCGAAGGAGUUCUGCAGUGUGUUUCUCGAGACGACCAUCGUCACCUUCCAGCAUUGAGUCUUGGCGUCAAGUUCCUCACUGACCGGGUGAGUGUCCAACAUGUCGACGACCGAGUACUUGUACUUGAUCCGUUGGCACAGAAGGUGUAUUUCUUUUCGAUCCAGGUGACUGUACGCAGUGAUUCGUACCGAAUGCGGCAGUCCGAUAAUGCGGGUUCGAAGAAUACUGAAAGUGAUGCAAGCAAUGCAGAUUGCCCGCGCAAGCAACAUUGGCUGUACACAUUUUACCACGUUUUCGAGAAGUUCCCUGUGCGUGGCUUGCUGGAUGUUGAAGUACCAUCACCCGUGUCGAUUCUUGUUGCUUGUCCUGGUGUCGAGGAAACGAAUGCUGCGCUUGAGAAUUACCACGACUUCCUGUCGCUAUUGAUGAGCGACUUGAUGGCACUUAACAAACCGUUGUAUGGACUAGAUCUAACCAGCGGUCUCGCCGUGAGGUCUUCACUGGGUGGAGUGACUAUGAAAUCGAAGCCGCUGAAAUUAUUUUUUCAGGCGCUCAUCACAUUCUUGCCGAUUCAAAUCUGCCGUGCCGAGGGGAACGCACUGACAGUGCUUUAUGAUGGUAUGGACCAGUCUCUCGAGCCAGAAGACGAGAUACAAGCAUGGGGAGCAGCAGAUAUCGCCGAGUCGAUUCGAUUCGGCCUCCUAUCUCCUCUGCUAUGCGCCUGGCGAGGUCGCUGUGCAGUGAUCACAUCAAUGGGGAAGCAGUCGACAGGAAAGAGUUACUUCCUGAACCAUUUGACGGGAUCGUCGUUCGCUAUUGCCGGGAACCGCUGCACGGAUGGUGCCUGGAUGACUCUGCGUAUCAUGGAAGAUAUGUUGCUUGUCGUGUUGGACUUCGAAGGCUUGGGUUCUUUCGAGCGUACUGACCAAGAGGAUGUGUUCUUGUCAGUGCUGAAUGCCUCUUUGUCAAUGUUCACAAUUUUCCGGAUGGAAAUGCGCUUCGAUAAGGACAUCGACGGUCUAUUCACGAAGUUCCAGAAAGGAAUCAAUUUGCUGAAGAGUGACGAAAGACUUUUCCAAGGAAAGCUGUACAUGAGUGUGAAAGAUGUCAAUCCAAACGAUCGCCACGGUGUACUCUCUGAGUUCCAGCACAAAUUCCAGAAGAUGGUGACAGUUAAUCGCGACAAGAAUUUUCUCACCGAGAUGUACUCUGGCCAACUGAAGAUCAACUGUUCUCCACCUUUAGGAACGUUGGGAUACUACGAUUCUCUUCGACACGCUCGACAACUGAUCGAGGAAUUGAUAAAUGAUCCAGAUUUAUCGCGUGGAUUCAAGAGUGGGAGUUCUUUCCACGAUUGUAUUCGUUUGGUACUGGCAAAGAUCUCUAUUCUGGAUUGGACAGCAGUCGAUGAGAGUUCUCAGCGACUAGAGAUGAACGAGCUCCAUCACUACCUGGAGCGAUUCGAACUGGGUGUUUAA